GCUGUGACAACCAUCACAAAGGCUGACGGGACCAAUACUUUUAAGCAGCAUCGUCGGACCCCAUCCUCCUCCAGCACGCUCACCUACUCCCCCCGAGAUGAGGACGAUGGCAUGGAAGCGGCGAAGCCAGCCUGUUGCUGAAUUGAAUAGAAGGAAGUCUCCGCACUUACGCAAAGAAAUUUGGCAGAAGUUAGAUAGCGAGCGCAACAACAAGUGCUGCUGCAGAGAUUAGAGAAAUGGCAGAAGAUGGGAGCUGUCUCGGGGGGAGAUUUGCAGAGCUUUCGGGGAAGGAUUAAUCCUGCCAGGCCUUUGCUUUGCGGGUGGGCACACCUCCGAUCAGCACCCCACGGCGCUCUGACUCCGCUAUCUCCGUCCGUUCGUUGCACUCCGAGUCCAACAUGUCCUUGCGCUCGACGUUCUCGCUCCAUGAGGAAGAGGAGGAGCCAGAGCCACUGGUGUUUGCUGAACAGCCGUCCGUGAAGCUGUGCUGCCAGCUGUGCUGCAGCGUGUUUAAGGAUCCGGUCAUCACAACCUGUGGGCACACGUUUUGUAGAAGAUGUGCCUUAACAUCUGAGAAGUGCCCCGUGGACAAUGCCAAACUGACCGUAGUGGUCAACAACAUCGCCGUGGCUGAGCAGAUCGGGGAGCUCUUCAUUCACUGCAAGUACGGCUGCCGGCCUGCAGCCAGCAGCAAGCCCGCCGCCUUCGAGGUGGACCCCCGUGGAUGUCCGUUUACAAUCAAACUGAGUGCCAGGAAAGACCAUGAAAGCAGCUGUGAUUACAGGCCCGUUCGCUGCCCCAACAACCCGAGCUGCCCGCCUCUCCUGAAAAUGAACCUGGAGGCCCAUCUGAAGGAGUGCGAGCACAUAAAGUGUCCCCACUCCAAGUACGGGUGUACGUUCAUAGGAAACCAAGACACGUACGAGACCCACUUGGAGACGUGCAAGUUUGAGGGUCUGAAGGAGUUUCUGCAGCAGACGGACGAUCGCUUCCAUGAGAUGCAGGUGGCAAUGGCCCAGAAGGACCAGGAGAUUGCCUUCCUGCGCUCCAUGCUGGGGAAGCUCUCGGAGAAGAUUGACCAGCUGGAGAAGAACCUGGAGCUCAAGUUCGAUGUGCUGGACGAGAACCAGAGCAAGCUGAGCGAGGACCUGAUGGAGUUCCGCAGGGAUGCCUCCAUGCUGAACGAUGAGCUCUCCCACAUUAAUGCUCGACUCAACAUGGGCAUCCUUGGAUCCUAUGACCCUCAGCAGAUCUUCAAGUGCAAGGGGACCUUCGUGGGACACCAGGGCCCUGUCUGGUGUUUGUGUGUUUACUCCAUAGGAGAUUUGCUCUUCAGUGGCUCUUCAGACAAAACCAUUAAGGUGUGGGAUACCUGUACCACGUACAAGUGCCAAAAGACCCUGGAGGGUCACGAUGGAAUUGUACUGGCUCUCUGCAUCCAGGGGAACAAGCUGUACAGCGGCUCUGCUGACUGCACCAUUAUCGUCUGGGACAUUCAAAACCUGCAGAAAGUGAACACGAUCCGAGCACACGACAAUCCUGUUUGCACUUUGGUCUCCUCGCACAACAUGCUGUUCAGCGGCUCCCUCAAAGCCAUUAAGGUCUGGGAUAUUGUGGGAACCGAGCUCAAGCUGAAGAAGGAGCUGACAGGUCUCAAUCACUGGGUGCGAGCGCUGGUGGCUUCUCAAAACUAUCUCUACAGCGGAUCGUACCAAACAAUCAAGAUCUGGGACAUCCGGAACUUGGAGUGUGUGCACGUGCUGCAGACGUCAGGAGGCAGCGUGUACUCCAUCGCUGUGACAAACCACCACAUUGUGUGUGGCACCUACGAGAACCUCAUCCACGUCUGGGACAUAGAGACAAAGGAACAGGUCCGCACGCUGACCGGCCACGUGGGCACGGUUUACGCCCUCGCAGUCAUCUCUACGCCGGAUCAAACCAAAGUCUUCAGUGCGUCGUAUGACCGGUCUCUCAGGGUGUGGAGCAUGGACAACAUGAUCUGCACUCAGACACUGCUGCGGCACCAGGGCAGUGUCACUGCCCUCGCAGUCUCCAGGGGCCGCCUCUUCUCCGGCGCUGUGGACAGCACUGUAAAGGUCUGGACGUGCUAGCGAGAGCGGCCGCACGAGUCCUGCACACUGAAAGAC